AUGAUCACCAGCAAAUGCCUGCGCAUUGGACGGCCGCCGCCCCCUCCGCUGCCCAACCCGGGCAGCCCCGCCGCCUCCGGCUGUGCCUCGGCCGCCGCCCCGCCGUCGCUGCUGCUGCCGGGCCGCGAGUAUAGCCUGCUGGACUGCUGCUGGGUGCUGGGCGCCCUGCUCGUCUUCUUCUCGGACGGCGCCAGCGACCUGUGGCUGGCCGCGCACUACUACCUGCGCGGCGAGUACUCCUUCUUCGGGCUCACGCUGCUCUUCGUGCUGCUGCCCUCGCUCGUCGUGCAGCUGCUCAGCUUCAGGUGGUUCGUCUACGACUUCUCCGCGCCCAGCAGAGCCUCGCCGGGGCCGCCCGCCGCCGCCUUCAGCACCAAGGACAGCGCCAGCACCAAGGACAGCGCCCGAGCCGGCCUCCAGCCGCCGCCGCCGCCGCCUUCUCCGCGGGCUUCCUCCGGCGGCGGCGGCUGCUGCCGCCUCUGCGUCUGGAUCCUCCAGUCCCUCAUCCACCUCCUGCAACUCGGCCAGGUCUGGAGGUACCUGCGGACCCUGUACCUGGGUCUCCAGAGCCGCUGGCAGUCGGAGCAUCGCCGGCGGCACUUCUACUGGAGGAUGAUGUUCGAAAGCGCCGACAUCAGCAUGCUGCGGCUCCUGGAGACCUUCCUCAAGAGCGCCCCGCAGCUGGUGCUGCAGCUCAGCAUCAUGGUGCAGCAGAACAGGAUUGAUCCUUUGCAGGGUCUCUCGGCUUCCGCCUCACUGGUGUCCCUGGCCUGGACGCUGGCUUCUUACCAAAAGGUGCUGCGGGACUCCCGGGAGGACAAGAUGCCCAUGUCCUACAAGGGGGCGGUGACGCAAAUCCUCUGGCACCUCUUCACCAUCGCCGCCCGGGCCAUCGCCUUCGCCCUCUUCGCCUCGGUGUUCCACCUCUACUUUGGGAUCUUCAUUGUCACCCACUGGUGCAUCAUGACCUUCUGGAUCAUCCAGGGCGAGACGGAUUUCUGCAUGUCCAAGUGGGAGGAGAUCAUCUACAACAUGGUGGUGGGCAUCAUCUACAUCUUCUGCUGGUUCAACGUCAAGGAAGGCCGCAGCCGCUGCCGCAUGUCCAUCUACUAUGUCAUCAUCCUGUCGGAGAACGCCGCCAUGACGGGCCUCUGGUACUGGUUCAGGGACCCAAGCGGGGUCCCCGAGUCCAACGCCUUAAUUGUCGUCUGCGUGGUCACCUCCAGCUUCGCCUUAGGGGUCUUCUUCAUGUUCAUCUACUACUGCCUCUUGCACCCCAACGGAACCAUUUUUGGGCCGCACGGCGGGAGCUGCAUGUGCGGCGAGGAGCCCACCGUGGUCCCUUGUGGGGCGGGCCCCCCGGCCGACGUCGUCACCAGCCCCCCACGCUCCUUGCCGAGGACUACAGGGGCCGAGAGGGAGGGCGUCCCGGGGGACAGAGACAGCUGCGUGCCGGUCUUCCAGGUGAGGCCCAGCGUGCCCCCCACCCCCGUCGCCCGGGCCCCACGGACAGAGGGGCCCGUCAUCCGCAUCGACUUGCCCCGCAAGAAAUACCCCGCCUGGGACGCCCACUUCAUCGACAGGCGCCUCCGGAAGACCAUCCUGGCGCUAGAGUACACCUCGCCGGCGACUCCCCGCCUGCAGUACCGCACCGUGGGGGUCUCUCAGGAGCUGCUGGAGUACGAGACCACGGUGUAA